GGCGUGCCGGCGUCCGCGUCGUCGGAGGCUGAGGUGGCAGUGGGCCCGGCAACAUGGAGCUACCGCAGAUGCCCGAGCUGAUGGGCCUGUCGCUGUUGCUCGGGCUGCUGGCCCUGAUGGCGACGGCGGCAGUAGCGCGGGGGUGGCUGCGCGCGGAGGAGGAGACGGGCAGCCGGUCCGCGGGCCAAAAAGCAAAUGGAUUUCCACCUGACAAGUCCUUGAAGUCCAAGAAGCAGAAACAGCAUCAACGAAUUCGCAAGGAGAAGCCUCAGCAGCACAAUUUCACUCACCGCCUCCUGGCUGCGGCAUUAAAGAGCCACAGUGGGAACAUAUCUUGCAUGGACUUUAGCAGCAAUGGCAAGUACCUGGCCACCUGUGCAGAUGACCGCACUGUCCGCAUCUGGAGCACCAAGGACUUCCUGCAGCGGGAGCACCGCAGCCUGAGAGCCAACGUGGAGCUGGACCAUGCUACCUUGGUGCGCUUCAGCCCUGACUGCAGAGCCUUCAUCGUCUGGCUGGCCAAUGGAGAUACCCUUCGUGUCUUUAAGAUGACCAAGCGAGAAGAUGGGGGCUAUACCUUCACAGCCAACCCAGAGGACUUUCCUAAAAAGCACAAGGCACCCGUCAUCAACAUUGGCAUUGCAGACACAGGGAAGUUCAUCAUGACCGUUUCCAGUGACACGACGAUCCUCAUCUGGAAUCUGAAAGGUCAUGUGCUGUCUACGAUCAACACCAACCAGAUGAACAAUACCUAUGCUGCUAUAUCCCCCUGCAGCAGGUUUGUGGCCUCUUGUGGCUUCACCCCAGAUGUAAAAGUUUGGGAAGUCUGCUUUGGGAAAAAAGGUGAUUUCCAGGAGGUCGUGCGAGCCUUUGAACUGAAGGGGCACUCUGCAGCCGUCCACUUCUUCGCUUUCUCCAAUGAUUCCCGCAGGAUGGCCUCAGUCUCCAAGGAUGGUACGUGGAAACUGUGGGACACAGAUGUGGAAUACAAGAAGCAACAGGAUCCCUACUUGCUGAGGACAGGCUGCUUUGAAGAGGCGAGCACCAUGCUCUGCCGCCUGGCCCUCUCCCCUGACGCCCAGGUCUUGGCUUUGGCCAGUGGCAGCAGUAUUCAUCUCUACAACACCCGGCGGGGUGAGAAGGAAGAGUGCUUUGAGCAGGUCCAUGGGGAGUGUAUCACUGACUUGUCCUUUGACAUCACUGGCCGGCUUCUGGCCUCCUGUGGGGACCGGGCAGUGCGGCUUUUCCACAACACCCCCGGCCACCGGGCAGUGGUGGAGGAAAUGCAGGGCCUCCUGAAGCGAGCCUCCAACGAGAGCACCCGCCAAAGGCUACAGCAGCAGCUGACCCAGGCCCAGGAGGCUCUGAGAAGCCUGGGUGCCUUGAAGAAAUGACUCUGGGAGGGUAUGGCAGGAAGGAUCUGGCAUGCUGCUGCCGCCACCACUGCUGCCACUUUUCUUCCCAGGUACUCAACCAGCUGGAAACCUUUUGAAAGGAGUAUUCUGAUUUUCUCGGUGACUCCUCUCUCCUUUUCCCCAUUGAAACUAUUAUUGCCUACUUUGAUAUCUCUCUCUUUGUCUCUCCUUACUCAUUAUGACUCCUGGCCUUACUUGACCCUCCAGUCUAAUGACCAAGGUGCUUCUCUUUCUCCUGGGCCCAUGGGAGGAAUCUGUCUUCACCAGGCACUGAGGGAAAUAGUACAUUGAAGAGAGAGAGGACAUGGCCUUGACCUUGUGGCAACUCACCGUGGUACCCAAAGGAGUCUGUAAUUGUGGAGACAAAACCAUGGGGACGCCUGAGUACUGACCAGUAGUUUUGCAGAGAUAGGAGCCUGGGAUACCUUCCAAUUACAGAACUGUGGUAUGUUGUCAGGGAAGAGCUAGUUUUAAUACAGGCGAAGCUUCUAACUCCAUCAAAAAAAGAAUUAAGGUUUUCCAUUCUGUGCCUCAGUUUCCUAAUUUAUAAAAUGGAGACUAAUCCUCUCUUGAUCUGCUUACAAAGAUGGUGUGAAGAUAUGCCUGUAUAAAGUCUCUAGAUUUGGAGGUGGAAAAGAGUAGCAACAUAUGUUAUCUGUCGGCCAAUCUCAUUUAUCAACUACCAGGUAAAAGUAGGACUGGGUGUAGUUUGAAACUAAAUUAAAAGAAGAGAAACACAUCUUGGAAAAGCAAAGUUUGUGGAACUUGAUGAUAUAUUUUUUAUCCAGUUCUGCUUUAAUUUGUGUAGGGAAUCACAGGAUUCCAAGAUAGGACUCCUCUCUUUAAGGUUAUAUCCUGUUUGAGGAGACCUCUUUGCAUUUUGUCAGAUAUUUGUAUGCCUGCUUUGUGCCUAGCACAGCAGUAGGCACUGGAGAUAAAUAUGAACAAGACAUGAUCUCUGCCGUCAAAGAUGGCCACUGAGAGAGAAGGAAACAUGGCUAUUAAGUGUUUUUUACUAGUUAAUUCAUAACUGUAGAAGGCUGUUGUAAAAGUCAAGGCAAAGGGAGGAUUGAAUCAGGAUAUAGGCAGUGAAUUUGAAAUUGAAGGGAUAGAGUUGGUAAGAGAUUAGGCAUUUAGAAGUUCAAAGUUUUUGGAUCUGAGACUGUGGAUGUCGGAGAAUGGAAAUGAGGAUCCAGGGUGAUUUGAAUCUUGGCAAAAUUUAUUCAUCUGAAAUCACAUUCUUGCUGUCUCUUCCUGUAAAAUUGGGGCCUCCCCUAGACAUCCCCAACUCAUAAAUGUUUGAACAAGCACAACCUCGGAGUUAUCCCUAAUUACUCCUUUUUUCAUUAAUCCUUCUGGCCCAUUGCCACUACCAACCAUCCACCCCACCAGAAAAUUAUUUUGGUUAGACUCUAGAAUCUAUAUCCUGAAUCUGAUUCUCCAUCUUUCUGUUACCAUCCUGGUUCUAGCCACUGUCACCUACUGAACUGUGAUAGCGUAGCUUCCUCACUGAUGCCUCUGCUUCCUCUAUUUCCUUGUUAAGUCACUGUAAACUAGCAGAGUGAUUUUUGAAAAUGUGAACCAGAUCACAUUGUUCCCAAGCAAAAACCUUCCAAAGGCUUCCCAUCGCACUUGGAAUAAAAUCCAAAAUUCUUGUCAUGGCCUAAAAGGUCCUAUGUAAUCUGGCUUCUUCCUUCCUCUCUGAUCUUGUUACCACUCUCCCAGCCACCCCAAACUGGGUGUUACAGAUUUAACCAAGCCAAUUUAUAUCCUGCUUCAAGCAGAAGCUGUUCCUGUGCUGUGUUCCUCCUGCUUGGACGCCUUCUUCUUUUCUGUUGGCAGACUUGUCAUGCUUGUCGUAAUUCAGUUCUCCAUUUCAGUUAUACUUCAGAGAGACCCUCCCUGACCAUCCAGUGUGAAGUAGCCCUUUCCACCAAUCAUAUCACACCUGUCACGUUAGCUUACUUUAUUUUUAUUACCUAAUGCUUUCUGAAAUGAUCUUGUUUGGAUAUUUGUUUGCCCCAGGGGUUUCAGCUGAAAUGCUUAUGGAUGUCAGGUGGAAAAUGCAAAUGCAUGAAUGGGGCCACAGUUGCCUGGGUGUAAGAUGGUGGGAAAUGGGGAGCACUGAAGUGAUUUCUAGAGGUCAUGUACUGGGGUGAGGGGUAGGGGUGGCUGCUACUUAUCAUUCAGGAAUUCAGCAGAAGUUGCUUGUUAGAUAGAAGCUAGCAGUUGGUGAUUUAUUAUACAAAGACAAAAACAUUGUAUAGACCAAACAAAGCACUUGGGAGCCAGAUGCAGCCCACCAGUCUCUCCUUGGCAGCUUCUGGAUCGUUCAUUAAGCCACAGGAAUGUGAACUCCGCAAGGGCAGGAUCUUUUAUCUUAUUUGCUCUCUAUCCCAACCACAAUACCAGGGACAGUAAGCACUCAAUAAAUAUUGAAGUCAAAUCAGGGGCAGUUAAAAGACAUUUCAGUAAGCCUCAUCCCACUCAGUUUUCAUUUUGGGUUUAUGCUCCUGAUAACAGACUUCUGGUUAAUAAGACUAUGCACACGGGUCUCUGAAUAUUUGCUUUCAGGUUGUCAGAAGAAUGAAGCUAAAACACUUCUUUGCAUAUCUGUUUGGCUCUGGCUUUACUCUUACUGUGUAUCCAGGAGGCAAGUGACUGUAGUAUGUUGAGUUACUGAAAUCAGAAGUCUUUGGUUCCAAGUUGGGCCGGUCACUUACUGCCUUAAGGCCUUGAGCAAAUAGAUCACUGGGCCUCUCUGAGUUUGUUUCCACAUCUGUAAAAUGGGAAUAAAUCCUGUCCUGAGGGCCUUAUAAAGGGCUGUGAGUUUCUAAUAAGACAAGUGAAGCACUACAAAAAAAAAAAAAAAAAAAAGUCCUCACAGAUUCCCUGAGGACAGCGCUCCUCUCACUUAAGAUGAGACUGGUUCUGUUGUAAGCAUGGAGAAGGUACCUGCAUAUUAACAGAGCAGGUACCGUGAUUCAAACUGUGUGUGUGUGAAGGCAGCAUUAAUAUUUUAGUAUUACUAUCAACUUCUGUGGGUUUGCAAUUUUUCAAAAUAAAAAGCCGGGGAAAUAUUUUGAAUGGUGGUAUAUAGCCUAUUUUUAUCAGUCAUCAAAAACAAGACAAUCUUUAAGCCACAAAAGUGCACAUUUAAAGGCCUGUCGAUAGUCUUGGUCAAUUUCGAUCAAGGAAAAAGGAUCUUCCUAUGUAAGAAGGAUCUUCCUAUGUAAGAUUGUUCUGUGCCUGGAGGUGACAGGAGGCGAGUAGGAAGCACAUCCUGUUAUCAAUGAUAAUGGGUCACCUCCGACAGUGUUGGAUAGACUGAACGUUGCCCCCAAAUUGGCCACAGACCUAGAAACUUAAUAAUUCGGGGAUUCGUGUACUUUCUACACAAUUCCAGAGGAGUCUUCCUGGUGAGCAUGGCUUGGUUUCACACCCAGCUCUCGAGGCAGAGGCACCCUGAUGGGUAUCGGUUGGCAUUGCAGGAUUGGCCAUGACAACUGAAAGCAUGAUUUCUGCACAAAAUUCCCAUGUGUCUUCUAAGCCUGUCAGUGCAUUUCCAAGUCUCCAGUUCUUCAAGCUGCCAACUCUGAUUGCAGAAUUUUGGGCAGUUGGAAAGUGAGUGUGAAAAUUUCUAUUUGCUUCCCAUUCUGCACACCCUGUUUGAACCCCUCUGCAUUUUUGUGAUCGCAUUAAGUAGUGGCUAACUUGAGUACUAUGCAUCUAAUCCCCAUCAACUCAUUUUUUUUUUUACCGCAUUUUAAUUUUUAUCUGGUGAACUACGCUUCCAUGACUCUUAAUCCAUGUGACUUAGAGGAGAGAGACCGAGACCCUCCAUGGUGGCCAUGUAAUCAAUCAUCAGGCCCCUGGACUUUGCCAGAUCUGUAGAAAAGUGGUGUCUUGAAUUUUCUGUGGAGAUUGCUUAGUAAGUAGGUUGGAUGGUUAUUACGGUAGGUAGUCCUGCCCAAGAAGGAAGCUAGAGACCGCAUGCCAGGGAGGCUGUCGGAUGCAGACACACCUGAAGUGUUUACCACUGGACUUGUCAGAAGAACCAAUAAAUUCCUAUUUAUGAUUAA